CUUACUCGACGACCCAUGUACCCCUUGGCCGGCUCUGUACGCUGCGCCAGGGCAGGCGCUUCCAUAAGACGUCUUCACACCUCUCCUUCAAGGUCUUCAUCAGAGCAACAACCCAUCAUGAAUCGAUAUUCCCGGACGGUCACUCAGCCCAAAGCCCAGGGUGCCUCCCAGGCCAUGCUCUACGCUACCGACGGUAUCAACACCGACGAGGAUUUGAACAAACCCAUGGUCGGUGUAGCUAGCAUAUGGUAUGAAGGUAAUCCCUGCAAUGGUCAUCUUUUGGCUCUCGGUCAACGUGUGAAGAAAUCUAUCGCAAAAGCAGGUAUCACAGCCUAUCAAUUCGGAGCUGUCGGUGUUUCUGACGGCAUCAGCAUGGGCACUUUUGGAAUGUCUUACUCUCUUCAAUCACGAGACCUCAUUGCCGAUUCGGUCGAAACUGCUGCUGGAGGUCACUGGCUGGACGGAAUGGUCGUCGUUCCCGGUUGUGACAAAAACAUGCCAGGAACACUCAUGGCUCUCGGCAGAUUGAACCGACCUGGUUUCAUGGUUUAUGGAGGUACCAUUCGUCCUGGUCAUUGCGGAGGUGGUUCUACCGGUCGUCCAGUGGAAAAACUUGACAUCGUCUCUGCUUUCCAAAGUUAUGGAAGAUAUCUACAAGAAGGUCAAACUGAAUCUGCUGAGAAAACUCGAUAUGAGACCGUUCGGAAUGCCUGUCCUGGACCCGGAGCUUGUGGUGGGAUGUAUACAGCCAAUACCAUGGCUUCUGCUACAGAAGCCUUGGGUAUGAGUCUUCCCGGAUCUUCAUCUUUCCCGGCUGAGUACCCUGAAAAAUUGGCAGAGGCAGAUUCGGCGGGAAUGGUGAUGCGAAAUUUGUUGGAGAAGAAUAUUUUACCUAGAGAUAUCAUGACCAGACAAGCUUUUGAGAAUGCCAUGGUAUUGACCAUGGCGUUAGGUGGAUCGACCAACGCCGUCCUUCAUCUCAUAGCCAUAGCUCAUUCUGUCGGUAUAACAUUAACGAUAGACGAUUUCCAAUCUGUUUCUGAUCGUGUACCCUUUUUGGCCGACUUGAAACCCAGUGGGAAAUACGUGAUGGAAGAUGUCAACACUAUCGGUGGUAUACCCUCUGUGAUACAUUAUCUAAUCAAAAUGGGUCUCAUGACGGGAGACGGGUUGACUGUAACUGGGAAAACUUUAGGGGAGAACUGUGAAGAAUGGGUUGCAAAGAAUGGUAGUAAAUGGGAAGGACAAGAGGUUAUCAGACCUGUUGAAAAUCCUAUCAAAGCUACCGGCCAUAUCAGAAUUCUCAGAGGAAACCUAGCUCCAGGAGGUGCAGUAUCCAAGAUCACUGGGAAAGAAGGUCUUCGUUUCGUUGGGAAAUGUCGAGCUUUUGAUGAUGAAGAAUCGUUCUUCCAAGCUGUAGAAAGCGGUUCCAUCAAACAAGGCGAAAAGACAGUGGUCGUUCUACGUUACCUAGGUCCAAAAGGAGGACCAGGUAUGCCAGAGAUGUUGAAACCUACCAGUCUUAUCAUGGGUGCUGGGUUAGGAUAUGAUGUGGCUUGUCUGACGGAUGGACGUUUCAGCGGAGGAUCUCAUGGAUUCGUUGUCGGUCACGUCGUCCCAGAAGCUCAAGUCGGAGGUCCGAUCGCCCUCGUACAAGACGGUGAUAUCAUCAGCAUCGACGCAGUCGCCAACAUACUAUCGGUCGACGUAUCAGACGAAGAAAUGUCACGAAGAAAAUCUCUAUGGAAAGCUCCUCCUCUCAAAGUCACAAAAGGCACUUUAUUCAAAUACGCCAGAAAUGUUACAGAUGCCAGUCACGGUUGUGUGACCGAUGCUUGAUCUAUCCAUCUCCAAAUAAUGCAUCUAUCAAUAUGUACUUGCAAUCUAUGUCUAAAAAACCAAUGACUCCUUACAACCAACAUUGUUCCAAUCAGGAACUCCCAUGAAUCCGGUCAUGCAUUCGCCGCUCGCGCUUUUUCAAUCUCUUC